CCGAGCUUUCGUGCUUCGUGCUUUAUGUUCAUCUAUAUACUAUAUAUAGAUGUAGCUGAAACGUAGCUGUCAUCCAACUCUGGCAACCUUUUUCCUACAUACACACGGCGGAAUAAAUUGCCUUGAGUGAGUCCUAUAGUCAAACAGUUCCUCCAGGUAAUCUAUCCUUGCUUUUGAAGUGUCAAUUUCUAUGGUUCAUGCAUCAUGUGAAGGAGAAAGCGCGCAGGUAGUUGCUAGCAAAGCUAGCUAGGGUUGGUUAGUCGUUAACUAGAUGACAGCAGCUAGCAGUGAAAAGGAGCUCACUCUCACUGUCUCACUUAGCUCUGUUCCUUUCAUCCAAAACAAAAACCAAGAUGGGGGGUUGGGAGGAAUUGAAGAGGAUUAAACCCUGCUUGUUAAUGAGAUCCCCUCAGCGCCUUCCAAUAUAAUAAUACCGCCGGACUUCCAUUUCGAGAGCAACCGAACGAACAAGGCUAGAAGCUAGCUAGCCAAGUUAUUAGGUACUACAUACUAGUGGCCGGCCGGACACGAUCGAUGGGAAGGCCGCCGUGCUGCGACAAGGCGGGGGUCAAGAAGGGGCCAUGGACGCCGGAGGAGGACAUCGUCCUGGUGUCCUACGUCCAGGAGCACGGCCCCGGCAACUGGCGCGCCGUGCCCGUCAGCACGGGCCUCAUGCGCUGCAGCAAGAGCUGCCGCCUCCGCUGGACCAACUACCUCCGCCCCGGCAUCCGGCGCGGCAACUUCACACCCCACGAGGAAGGCAUCAUCGUCCACCUCCAGGCCUUGCUAGGCAACAGAUGGGCGGCCAUUGCUUCUUACCUCCCACAGAGAACCGACAACGACAUCAAGAACUACUGGAACACCCACCUCAAGAAGAAGCUCCGGAAGCAGCAAGCCAUCGGCGCCAUCUUCGCGCCACCUCGCCCCUCCGAACCCACCGCCGGCCAUGCCGAUUGCCGUCGUCACGACAUGACCCGCUCCUCCAAGGACAGCCACGCUGCUUGCCCGGCCGACAGCACACCAGCGGCUGAUGAGGUCGUCACCCAGCUCAUCGCCCAGCAGUUCGCCGCCACCGACGGCGACACCUCGUCGUCGUCGUCCUACUCGUACGCCUCCAGCACGGACAACAUCUCCAAGCUGCUGAACGGCUUCAUGAUGAAGAGCGCCUCGCCGGCGCGGGACGACGCUACCGACACCAUCAAGACUUCCUCGGCCAUUGACAUCGACCCUUUCGACCACAAGUCCGGCGGGGCCGCACUACCACCACCCAAGAAGCGGCAGCAGCAGCAGCAUCUGUCCUCCAUAGAGAACUGGUUGUUCGACGAUGCCACUGAGCAGCUCGUUGUCCAGCUGAUGGAGGAGAUCUCCGGCGGCUCAUGCUCAGUUCCCAUGCUGCUUUAUUAGCACCAAGAAAAAGAAGCGAACAUGCAUGAUAGCCGAUCGAUAGAUGUGACUUGGAUAGGAGAAUGAAUGUGUGCAUGGGUGCAAGUUACCCAGCUGAUAGGAGAAUUUUAUAUACACCAAUAUGCAUGUUUGGUUUUAUUUACACACAAGCAUGAGACAAGAACAAUACAUAUAUGCAUAGUUAAUCAAAACUCCAAAGCGAGAGGCACCUCAAAGAACUUAAAAUUGAGUGGUCCAGCCAUAUAUAUCCGCGUCCUUGACAAAGUGAGAUAGGCUCCAUUUC